GUGCAGCGGCGCAGCCCGGGGCGCACUGAGGGAGUCCGGGCUGGCUGUGAACGGACGCGUCGGAAACCUCCCCGGAGGGGCCCCAUGUAAUUCGAUGCACGCUGUUAAAGCUUAGAGUAUAUUGUCUUCCCUUUUCGCUUAUGAAGCCUCCACCCACCGGCCCACCCUACAUUUAGCAGAUCAUGUGACUCGGGGAGAGAAGAGGAAAGGGAGAGGAGGAGACGAGACAGAGAGGACUGUGGAAAGGAAAACAGUCUCCUAGUCUCCACGGCUCUGCAGCUUUUGACAAGGCAGCCUAAGAAACAGGAUGUUAAUGCUUGACGGAAUGCCUGCAGUCCGAGUCAAAGUCGAGCCUCUGGAAUCGGAACAAGGGUCACCUAAAGUUCGCCCUUUCUCUGCGAUGGAUGGCGUCCCCUUCUUCCUCAGCAGAGUAAAGUCGGAACCCCCCGAGGAUCUGCUCGCCCAUGACCUCCACUUCCACACGCAGACAGAACCUGUGGACCUGUCAAUCAACAAGCCCCGCCCCUCCUCCUUGUCUACCACCACAGCUAGCAUAACCUCCUCCUCGUCGCCCCCCCACAGAUCCGCCUUCUCCCCGUCUUCGUUGUCGUCCUCCUCGUCCUCCUCGUCUUCUCCGUCGGUUAUCACCUCGGCGUCCUCGGUGCUCACGCCGGGCCCACUGGUAGCCCCCGGAAGCGGGGUGAGAGGUCAGCCGUAUUUGCACAUCCUGCAGUCCGUGCCGCCGCCUCCGUCCAGCCCCCUGAGCCUGCAGGGAGCCGGGAAGCUGGCCGGCCAUGUUCACCGCAUCCCAGUUGUGGUGCAGUCACUGCCCCUCAUGUACACCACUGCAGUGCGAUCGCCCUCCAGCCUCAACAACGCUAUCAUGCUACCUCUACUGGAAGAGGCCAAAAGCCAGGGCAAAGGUGUGUGUGUGUGUGUUCGUGUCCCUGCAGUACACACAGACCCCAACGGCCUGUCACCGAGGCAGAUCAAAAGUGACAGCGAUGACGAUGACCUACCGAACGUGACCCUGGACAGUGUUAACGAGACCGGCUCCACGGCGCUGUCUAUAGCCCGGGCUGUGCAAGACUCCAUGUCGCCGUUCAGUAUUGACAGCAUCCGACGCCCCCGGAGGUCAGAGUCACCUGACUCGAAGAAGCGAAGAAUCCACAGAUGUGACUUUGAGGGUUGCAAUAAAGUGUACACCAAAAGCUCACAUUUAAAAGCACACCGGAGGACACACACAGGGGAAAAGCCAUACAAAUGCACCUGGGACGGCUGCACCUGGAAGUUCGCCCGCUCCGACGAGCUGACGAGGCAUUACAGGAAGCACACGGGCGUGAAGCCCUUCAAAUGCGCAGACUGUGACCGCAGCUUCUCCAGAUCCGACCACUUAGCCCUGCACCGACGGAGACACAUGCUGGUGUGAAGCACAACGGGAGCGACUAAGAGAAGAUGUCAGCUGAGCAGACGCAGCCACACACAUGCACACACAAUCACGCAGACGCACGCAGGCAGCCAUGGGAGCUGGAUCUCCCUCUGAAUGUUUUUCAGCUGGCCUGGAUGCCCAAACUUAUUCAUGCAUACACCCCCCCCCCACACACACACACACACACAGACACGCACACACGCAAAUUGGAGAUGGAGAAGCUGGACGGACAGUCGGAGCAGAAAACAGGGUGACUUCCGGAUCCUCUCUGGAUGGGAAGGAAGCGAUGGCGGGAUCUUUCUCCGUCAUCAGAUAAUGAUGGGGAACUGCUUUUAACAGCACUGUUUGUUGAUGUUUAGCUUUGAUUAAUUUUUUUUUUUUUUUUUUAGGAUGAAGUGGCACACUAUAAAUUUGGAUUUUACUCACUUUACAAUACAGCUGCUUUUCCAGCGUUCAUAAUGUGAAAGACCCCUAUGAAAUCAGAGCGGGAAGUUCGACCUUGUGUGGAUUUUAACAGGAAGAGACUCGGCCGGAGUUGGAUUUACAGACAGUAUUGUUUUUUGUUUUUUUUUGUUUUUGUUGUAUUGCCUUCCCGUGAGUUGACCAGCAGAGGGCAGUGUUUGAUCACGGAAGGUUUACUUGGACUUGGACCGUCACAUUUAAGACGUGGAGAAGUUGAAUGAGGGUUGGACUUUCACCUUUUUUCCCGAAGCCAGCAAAGUGCAAACAACUUCACAAGGAUGGAUCCAUUUUUACCCGCUCACUCAGCCAUUGGCUGCAGGAACUGGACACACCAACUCAUCAUCACACCAGCAAAGAAGCCCCACCUUAUCACACGGACUUCAGACAAACCCCAUUCUUCAUCAGUGCUUUUCUUUAUUUUGAGCCUCUUUAAAGCAUUUUCUUCAAACAAAUCUUAUGUGGAUUUUGAGCUGUGAUUAGCAAUCAGUAAAGUGCAAUCUUAAAGAAUAUAUAUAUAUAGAUAUAUAAAUAUAUAUAAACUUUCAGUAUGAAAAUGUUUUCUUUAUUGAAUCUUGCUUUUUUUUUUUAAAGUACCUGCUUAUCGCUUAUGUUUGAUUCUGACAAAUACGAUCCCCCCAUUCCCCAUGUACAGUGAAUCUUGAAACAAUCAGAGGAGAGUAUGUGGGAAAAAAUAAAAAAUAAAAACCCAACAGAGGCACCUUAGAGACUUUCAUUCUGUCAACAUCUACCUGUACUCAUCAGUCAACUCAUUUUUCCUCCUCUGAAAUUGAGCCAAACCAAGGAGCUUUGUGUGGUGGUCUUGGUAGGGCAAGGCGGCCCCUCGACCGCAGGCUGUCGCUGACACCAGCUGAAGACUUUACGGAGAUAAACCUGCACACAAAGAAGAGCAAUACAUUCUGAUCAAAGUGUUUGUUGAUGUCCAAAAUCAGAGACAAAGGGUCAAGGUCAGCCUCGCUCUGGUUCUGAAGCAGCUUCAAGUCGCGAUGUCAGGUCUCUCAGCUGGGUCAUUCACUUCGCAGCAUCUUCUGUUUGUUAUUUUGUUUGUUUGUUUGUUUUCGUUUUUUUUAUUUUUUUAUUUUCGUAAACAUCACUUGAAAUGUUCUCACCUCACUUUGGGCAGUUUUGUGGGUUAUCACCAGAAGUUUGGUGAUUGAAACGCAGGAGUUGCACACCUAGUUACAUACAUACACGGCUUUGCAAAACUCCUGAUCCUUGAACUAUUUGACAUUCCGUCACGCUACAAUGACAAACAUCAAUGUAUGGCCCUCGGAGACCUAUAGUAGUAGUAGUGUGUAGCUGUCAGGUGGGAGGACACUGAUCCAUUCGGAUUCUGUUUCCAAUGCAAAUGAGUGAAAAUCUGAAAAGUGCAGCGCGCCUACGUCUUCAGCAUCCCUGAGUCAGUACUUUAAACGUCUGACGCCUUUGCAGAACAGCAGCAUGCAUCCUGAGAUUUUGGUGGACUUCUCUUAAAAGCUUAUUAGCUCACUUCUCUUCAUUUAGAUGUAUCGGAGUAAAGGGGGGACGGAAAAAAUGAGCACAUCUUUUUUUGUUCCCACUCCGCAAUCACGCACUACUUUGAAAAGCCCCAUAAAACCAUAUUAAAGUUUAUGGUUGUAACAUGGUGAAAUGAGAACAAGUUCAAGGAGUCUGAAAACUUUUGCAAAGUACUGCACAUAAUACAGAUAUUAUUAUGAAAUUGUAACAUUAUAUCACAGAAGAUUAAGACUUUAGAUGCAGUUACUGGCAGAAAUGUCUCUCAGAAAACAUCACACUUGACCUCAAUCAGGGAAUUCAAUUAAAAGUAUAUUUUUAUAGUCCUAAAGUCAAAUGUCUUUUCUUUUUUUUUUUUUUUUUGCAACUAGUUCCAGCGCUUUUGAUGCCGUUUAAAAGCUUCGGGCUUUAGGUACCAAGCCAACCGAUGUUAUAUGAUAUAGUGCUGCCAAAUGCAGUUAUUGGGCAGAAGCCAGUAAAACGACACGGCAACCUUUUCUUUUGAUUAAGGUAUCUUGAAAUCCAUAUGCUUUUACACUAACGCCUACAAAAACACACACACACACGUCAACAGCUCUCACUUUUAGUAAAGAAGCCAAAUCCAGGGAACAGUUUUUCACACAUGCAGAGUUCGUGCGGCCCUCUCGUAUGUUACCAUUAUUUAUGUAUAUUGUUUGUGCACAUGUCAUUACGCCCAGUUGUAUUAUCGUUUUGGCAAAAAGCAUAUUAGCACCUUCUUUGUUUAUUGAGAUGAUUUUCAGAUAAUUUUAUUUCAGAUGUCAAUUUAUAAACAAAUCUUCGUCAUAUUUUAUCAUCCAUAUAAUGUUUUAGGAAUUUUGUGUGUGUGUGUGUGUGUGUGUGUGUGUGUGUGUGUGUGAUUGAGGGACACUUCAUCUGACGGCUUGUAACUCUUUCUCUUAUGUGAAAAAAAAAAAAAAAAAAAAAAAAUUUUCUUGGAUCUUUUGAAAUGUUGUAAUAUAUGUGAUAGUGAAGAUACAAAGCUAUUACAAAGUUCUACAACCUGUACAUACAACGGAGAAAUAGGGCUUUCGAUUCGUAGACGCAGGAGAUACAUUUAUACACAUAAAGUCUUUUUUCUGAGACCGUAAUUUAUCUAAUUUGAUAUACAGCGAAAAUGGGCUAAAGGUGUUCAUCAUGUAAAUGAUCAUUAUGUGAUGUUAUAUAACAGCUUUUUCUUUAUUAUUAUUAUUAUUAUUAUUAAUAUUAUUAUUAUUAUUAUUAUUAUUAUUAUUAAUAUUAUUAUUGUUUUGGUGUGGGGUUAAACAAGUUCACGAUCAAAUUAUUAUUUUUUAUUUUAUAAGGCUGCACCAGUGUUUGCUAUAAACAACAAAUUAUUUAUAUACACUGACCAUAUUAAGGUACUUGAAUGGCUGUGUUGGUAUUUUGCUAUUUUACAGUAGAAACCAGGUAUUUACAUAUACAUACGCAUAUUUUUACUCACUUUCUGAUAUUAAAUAUGAUCAAAUGUUUCCUGUUUUAGGUCAGUUAGGGUUAACAUUAUUAUAAUUAUUAUUUACUAAAUGCCAGAAUAAUGAUUACUAUAUAUAUUUUUAUAAUGACAAUAAAUCAGAAACUCAUUUAAUUUUUGAUACCUCUCCAGAAGCUUCUUACGAUAUUCUGCUGGAAUUUUGUUCCAUUCCUGACAGAACUGUUCUAAUUGAGUCAACACACACACACACACACACACACACACACACACACACACACAACGUUUCAGCUCUUCCCAAACGUCCCAUGGGACUGUGGUCAGGAUUAUGUCACUGUAACACUCCAGAACAUUGACUUUGUUGAUUUUGAAUCGUAUUGUAGCCAGUCUGGUGGGACGGUUAGGGUGAUCUUCCGUUUGGAAGACUCGUUUGUACCCGAGCUUUAAACUUUGAGGCUGACAUCUGGAGCUGUUGCUGCAGUUAUUUCCACACAUCUGCUUUGAGAAGUGCACAGAUCCUUCCUGCAGCUAAACAAACCCGCAACAUGAGGCUGUCAAUCCCAUAAACGUUUCCAGAAAAUAGGACAAUAAUCAUCAUGGUCAAACAAGUCAGUCAUUUCAAUUGUUGUUGUUUUUGUUAAGAAUUAUUUUGGCACGUGUGGCCUUUUUAAGUGGCCUUUCAGCGUAUUUUGAUACACUAGUUGUCACAAGAUUUGGCUGAUUUCAUUUUAUUUGUCCUUGAUGGUACUCACGGAAGCGACUUUGUGCAAAUAAAUCUCAGAAUUUAAAGGGGAAAAAAAAAAAAACAUUAUUCUGGAAUUUAGGAAAUGGAAAUAAUUCUGGUAAUACUGACUUUCCUAAAACAAGUCAGGUUUUGCCUGUCCAAAUCUCAGAUGGUGAGUAGAAAAAAGGGGUUGUGUCUUUUUAAAUACAGUGUAUGUAAACAUCUGGUUUCAGCUGUACCUGAAUGACAACAAUGGAAAAAAAAAAGACAAAUCAAUCACAUAUCAACAAAACAUGUGCUCUUUAUUCAGUAUAUCUACAAAUGAUGUUAGAUGCCUUAAUACACCAGUGUUUAAACAAUUCAAUUAGACUUGAAGGUGACGUCUCCAUGGAGACGGGGUGUUAUCGUAUUCUCCCCCUUCCCGGCUUUACACACCGCAUCUCUUUCCUCGUUUUGAAGCAUAAUUUUGUUACGGUAACCAGGGUCAAAGUUAUGCAAUAAUGAUAAAUAGUGCCUCAUACCACAAACUUGUAAUAUCACCUGCCCUGUGCAAUGUUUCGAUUCCAACACGUGUCCUUCAAUUGCUACUUUUCAGAAGGGGAAAUAAUGACUUCUUUUUAUUAUGGAUGUUAUUUGGGAAUAGUAAUAAUAAUAAUAAUAAUAAUAAUAAUAAUAAUUAAUGAAUAAAAAAGCACAGACAACAAUAUGCAAGUAGGACCUCUAACAUCAAACCUUCUCUUCGCACUGAGCCUUAUAUCAUGGUGUCAAACUCAGCGUCCCACCGCAACACGCUCCCCGGUUUGAAGCACACGUCAUUACUUUGGCUGCAAUAAGUCCUCCUCCGUAAGGGGGGUAAACCCGAGUUACGAAGGCCUCUGGAUGUUUCAGCUCCAGCACGGUGAUUUCAAAUUAGGCCAUGAGGAACCAAAACCACGGUUUGGUAGUUUAUGUCUUUGUUAAUAAUUCGAGACGUACGAUCAGAUGAAAAAAAAUAUUUUAAUUUCUGUGUAACAUUUGAUUUUGAAUUUUUUUUUUUUCUCUCUCUCUCUCUCUCUCUCUUCUGGUUUU